AUGGUUGCCAGAUUAUUUGUAGCAACAAGUCUUACCAUAACUAGUCAAAAGUAUAAGUCAGUAAGAACACUGAAACAUGACCUCAUCAACAAGUAUCCGGUCACUCCUCCUCCACCACCGCCUCCACCACCGCCUCCACCACCACCUUCACCACCCCCGCUGACACCCGUACAUCAACCACCGCAACCCGCCGAACCCUCAAAGCAGCCGCCAGCCCCACAGCUACAAUGCACAGCAGACGACAGCAGACUACAUCUCCCCCAAGUUGGCAACCCGGAGAAUCCAGCCCAGAUGCACAAGCAGACCACCCAUGUCCACUCCCCGAUGACUCAAGCUCACACGGUCAUGUAUAUUUCCCCCAUGUCCGCACCACGGUGA